GGCUUUUUCUGAAACAGAAGCGCGUUCACCUUCGCCCUGCUCGCGGUAUUUCCGGGGCGAUAUUCCCAGCACCUGGAUCUCACCUCCCAGUGCACCGCUCGGCCCCGGGAGGCCGGCAGGGAGCGGGAUCCGGGCCCGGCGCGGACCAGGCGCCCUUGGCCGAGGGGCUUCUCAGUCUCGGCGCAGCCAUGGAGCAGCCGGCGGCGGGCGAAGUGCACAUGAGCCAGGCCAUCCAGCCGGCGCACGCCAACUCCCGCGGCGAGCUGAGCGCAGGGCAGCUGCUCAAGUGGAUCGACGCCACCGCCUGCCUGGCGGGUAAGGACGCGGCGGCCGGGGAGGCGGGGAGGGGGCUCGAAGGGGGCACAGAAUCGGGGAGGGCCGGGUGCCUGCGGUCCGGAAUAGUUGGACAAGUUAUAACCAUCAAAGCCAAGGUUACCAGAGCAUUUAGCACAAGCAUGGAGAUCAGCAUCAAGGUCAUAGUACAGGACAUGUUCACUGGCGUUGAGAAACUUGUUAGUGUGGCCUUCUCUACAUUUGUAGCCAAACCAGUGGGGGAUGAAAAGAUUCACUUAAAACCAGUCACACUUCUAACUGAACAAGAUCAUGUGGAACAUAACUUGGCUUCUGAGAGAAGGAAAGUUCGAUUACAACAUGAAGAUACCUUCCUAAACCUGAUGAAGGAAAGUAGCAAGUUUGAUGAUCCCAUUUGUGUUGAAGAGGAGGGACUGGUUUCCACGAGGGACACCUCUGUUCAGAGCAUUGAGCUUGUCCUCCCACCCCAUGCAAACCAUCAUGGAAAUACAUUUGGUGGCCAGAUUAUGGCUUGGAUGGAGACAGCGGCUACUAUUUCUGCCAGCCGCCUCUGUCAAGCACAUCCUCUUCUGAAGUCCGUGGACAUGUUUAAGUUCCGGGGACCGUCUACCAUUGGAGAUCGUCUGGUCUUCAGUGCCAUUGUCAACAAUACAUUUCAGACCUGUGUGGAAGUGGGCGUGCGCGUGGAGGCCUUUGACUGCCAGGAGUGGGCUGAGGGCCGGGGCCGUCACAUCAACAGUGCUUUUCUCAUUUAUAAUGCGGUCGAUGAUAAGGAAGAACUGGUCAUAUUUCCCAGAAUCAAACCCAUGUCAAAGGAUGAUUUUAGACGGUAUCAUGGAGCUAUUGCACGCAAGAGAAUUCGCCUAGGCAGAAAAUAUGUUAUUUCCCACAAAGAAGAAGUUCCACUUAGCACACGCUGGGAUGUUAGCAACCAGGCAUCCCUGAGUGAUGACAACGUGAAAGCUUUCAAAAAGCUGGUGGCCAAAAGUGGUUGGGAGGUGACCAGUGCUGUGAAAAAGAUAAAAAUAUAUACUCUGGAAGAGCAUGAUAUUUUAUCUGUUUGGGUUGAAAAGCAUGUGGAAAAACCAGCACAUUUGGCUUAUCAUCUCUUGUCUGACUUUACGAAGCGACCUUUGUGGGACCCCCAUUACGUGUCUUGUGAAGUCAUCGACUGGGUGAAUGAAGAUGAUCAGAUAUAUUAUAUCACUUGUCCUAGAGCGAAUGGUACCAAACCCAAAGACUUGGUAGUACUUGUAUCACGAAGAAAGCCUCCCAAAGAUAGUAACACUUACAUGGUGGCAGUGAAGUCCGUUAUUCUGCCAUCGGUUCCACCUUCUCUGCAGUACAUCAGGAGUGAAAUCACAUGUGCCGGAUUUCUCAUCCAUGCUACUGACAGCAGCUCGUGCACUGUAUCUUAUUUUAACCAGAUUUCUGCUAGCAUCUUGCCUUACUUUGCUGGAAAUCUUGGUGGCUGGUCAAAAUCCAUUGAAGAGACAGCAGCCUCCUGUAUCAAAUUCAUAGAGAAUGCUACUGAUGAUGGGUUGAAAAGCAUAUUUUAAACGUGAUGUUCUCCAAGCAGUGGGAGAAGUACUCCUUGAUGGACAGAUGUCAGGAAACUGCCCCCAGAUCAGACUGAUAUCUACAAUACUGGC